AUGGCAUCGUACGACUCAAAAGGUCAGUUACUUUGCGGAGCGGCCGUGAAUACCCGAGAAACAUCGAAGCAAACCUUGGAUAUGCUGGUGGAAGCGGGAGCAGACCUUAUCGUGAUUGACUCGUCAAAUGGUUCGUCAACCUAUCAAAUUGAAAUGCUCAAAUUCGAAUGCGAAUUCUAUUUCAGUAAAAUCACUGAGCUCAAGCCAAACUGGCUGAUCGCGUGGAGUGAUGCUCUUCGAGGUGUCGCAUGGGAGUGGUAUCAUUUGCAUUCACCCAAGACAGUGGUGAUGUGUAACAGAGUACUGGACGAGGAGCAGUCAGUUUGGGGAGUCAUGGCAGUUGGGAGAGCACAGGGUUCUGCCGUGUAUGCGGUUUCGUCGUACGCCAAAUCUCGUGGUAUUCCGGUGCUGGCAGAUGGCGGAAUCCGUGACGUCGGCUACAUCACCAAGGCAGUAGCACUCGGCGCUAGUGCGGUGAUGAUGGGUGGUCUUUUGGCAGCUACUGAGGCGCCUGGUGAAUACUUCUGGGGUCCUGGUGGUGUUCGUGUGAAGAAAUACCAGGACUCGGAUCAGAUCAAAGUAGCGCAGGGUGUGUCGGCGACGAUGAAGGAUCGUGGUUCCUGCCAUAAGUUCCUCCCGUACCUUGUACGUGGAGUCCAGCACGGCUUCCAGGAUAUCGGCGUUCGGUCACUGGAAGAGCUACACGAGAAAGUGGCAGCAGGCAAAGUGCGAUUUGAGAAACGCUCUCCAAACGCGCAACUGGAAGGUGGUGUGCACUUCGCUUCACUC